UUACAUUAGGUAUAGGGAGGUUUCACGGCAGUCGGGUCACGACCCAUGACCCGUACUGUUGCUACGCUACUCCAAAUGGAGUACAUGCGAUGAACUGCAGGCAAGCAGCUUUUGAGAUAACGGCUCGGUACUGCUCAAAGGAGAUGGAGGCAUAUGGGGAGUGUGUCUCAUUGAACCCAUCCACAUGGCAAAAGGACUGUGAUCAACUUAAAACCGCAGUUGCCCAGUGCACAUCGUCACACCCAGUUAUUCAAAGGAUCCGUGCGGAAUGUGCCGAGCCUUUCAUGACUUUCGAGCAAUGUCUGAGGCAGAACCAGUCAUCCGUAAUGAACUGCGCAGACCAUGUCAACAAGUUCCUGGCCUGUGCGGAGAGAGUCAAAGCACCAAACCCAGGCUUAUAAUGGCUUGAUGGGCUUGGGAUCAUCACUGCCACAGAUUCCACACCGCGGGAGCUGCUUUAAUGAAGAAUCUACCCAAGGAAGGUGAUGUGUGACUAAGAAUGACCAGCUAUCAAUAAGGGAAUGUAUCAAAAUGAAGUGUUUAAGA